CCCACAUCGAAUCUUUAACCAAACUCACCCAUCAACCUCCAAAAAGCGACGACAGUGACCGAGAGGCUCACCAACCAGAUACUACAAAAUACACCUUGUUGUAUCCGAAUAUAACAUAUUGAAAGACUUCUUCAAAGCCCUUAUACGGUCAUCUGACCGCAACAGCUAGCUCAUAUCUUGCUUUGCCAUCUCACGAUCAUCUCACCAUGCCUAUCACAAUCCUCAGUCCUCAGCCUCCCACGCCUCGGAGGCCACAGGCUGUUGCGGCUACAAACUCCGACUCUGACUCCGACUCAGAAGGCGGUGCUGGUGUUGCGGCUGACGACAUUCUCACUCCAGGCGCUGAGAUAACUUCAAAUGCCCAAUGGAUGCGUGGACAUGGUACUUACGUGCCGUCUGGAUCAUCGUCUAUCAAAUCUUCUCUUGCUGGUACCCUCACAAAGACAAACAAGCUGCUCUCUGUGCGGCCUCUCCGAGCCCGUUACACUCCGGAGAUUGGUGACUUAGUUGUUGGUCGGAUCGUCGAAGUUCAGGCAAAGCGGUGGCGUGUCGAUGUAGCCGCGUCUCAGCUUGCCAUUCUCCAAAUUUCAGCCAUCAACUUACCCGGUGGUAUUCUCCGCAAGCGUACCGAGACCGAUGAGCUUCAAAUCCGCAGUUUCUUCGCCGAAGGAGAUCUUGUUGUCGCAGAAGUCCAGCAGCUGCACCAAGACGGCGCCGCGAGUCUCCACACCCGCAGUUUGAAGUAUGGUAAGCUUCGCAACGGUGUCUUCGUCGCUGUCACUGGCACCGGUGGUGGGGGUGGUGUCGUUCGAUCCAAGAGACAGGUCUGGACAAUGGAUGUGGCCAACGCCGGCGGCAAGGUCGAUGUCCUUCUUGGUGUAAAUGGAUACAUUUGGAUCAGCAAGCACAUAGAAAGCGACCCGGCCGCUGAGGCAGCGGGCAUCAAUCGUAUGGAGGAGAAUGUUAGCAGCAAGGUCUACUCGAGUCAGAAUGAUCCCAUGGAAGUGUCGACCAUGCGCGAGAUUGCGCGAAUCCGCAGCGUCAUCCUGGCCCUUGUUGAGAACGGGCUCAAGGUGGAUGAAGAUACAGUGACCAGAGGAUACAGUGAGGCAGUGGAUAUGGUCCGUGAUACCAUUGAUGACGACCUGUACCUGGGAGGCAAGAAGGGACAGCACCUAGCAGCCGUUUUGACUGGCCGUUAAUGCUUGUAUAUUCAAAAAUCUUCUGGCCUAUUGGCAAUCUAAUACAAGAUACCACAACCUCAAGUUUUACUAGACAUGGAGUCAUAGUGUGUGCGCAAUAUCAAGUUUUUGUUAUUUAGUUUGAAUCAUCAACACCUUGAUCAGGCGCAUUAGGAUGUACUUCAGAGAGCAUAGAUGUCGCUACAAUGCUUUACAGAAACUAAGGUAGAACUAUUUGAUCAUUUUACAUGUAACCGUACAUACGAGGGGUAUCCUCCAAUUACCACCGUAACUGCUUUCCAUUUCUCAGCAAAUGGUGUUAGACCACCGAGUCUCGGGGAGCCCCCUUGUUUUAGCAAGGCCUUCUCAUGAUAUAUGACUGACUAAUAAGAGGGAGGGAUUAACUAGAUGAUUAUCGUGUGAGCAAUUGGCUCAGAACACCCUUCUUUGCUUCCAGUAUGGCGGCUGCAACCACGAGGACGGCCCACCUGAGAAGAGCGCCCUUGGACUUCUUUGAUCCGAGACCGAGGACCAGCGCAAUGAAGUAUGUAAUUCCCUUGGUUUUGUUACCGUUGCGAUCAAAGUUAGGUUUUGAGUCGGCAACAGCCUUCAUUCGAUUCAUAACGGGCCACUGGUAUGGCAUGUAUCGCACGCGAAAGAGGAAGUCAGCCCAGUAAGGGACUUCGGCGAUAGUACGCUGAUGGCUAAAAGUUCUGAUAGAGUAGAUGCCAUGAUAGUUGCCCAUUCCAGAUUGGCCAACACCUCCCAAGGGAGACUGUGGAAUCUGAGAGUGGAAGAAGGCAUCGUUACAUGUGGCGCCGCCAGAGGUAACAUUAUCCAGAACUGUGCUGCGUUAGGUAUACUGUCAAAAGAUUGGCGAGGUCAACGUACUCUUAUUGUUCUCGGCCUUGCUUCCAAAGGCGCUAAGAGAGAGAGGCGUCGGGUCAACUGUAUUAGCAAUACCGAUGGCCUGGUCGAGGGAAUCAACCGCCAUCAUUGCGAAAAUGGGGCCAAACGCCUCUUGGGUCAUCAUACUGUCGUUGAUAUCGUCAACAAGCACCGCCGUUGGCUCCAUGAACAGGGUAGAUUCGUCCAUGGAGCCACCCAGGACAAUCUUGCCGUUGGUGCCAUCAAGCAUCUUCUUGAGGCGGUUGAAGUGGCCAGCAUUGACGAUGCGGCAAAGGUCAGGGCUGUUCUUGGCGCCUUGGGGGAAGAAGGUGCGCAUCUGGUUGUUGAGCUCCCCCAGGAAUUGAGAAAGAACAUUUCGCUCGACGAGGAUGUAGUUGUGAGACAUGCAAACCUGGCCUGCAUUGAGAGAUUUCUGCCACAGAAGUCGUCUGGCGGCCAAUUUGAGGUUGGCGUUCUUGGUGACAAAGGCCGGGUUCAAACCACCGAGCUCGAGAAGCACAGGAGUUAGGGUCUCGGCAGCCUUCUGGGCAAUAAUCUUGCCGACUGCCUUGCCACCGGUGAAACAAAUUUUGUCGAACUUCUGCUCGAGCAGAAGUUGAGUCUCGGGCAAAGCACCAUUAACAUAUGUGAAACAUUCGGGGUCCAGGGAUUCGUCAAAGAUCUUCUUGAGCACCAUGGCACAGUUGGGAGAUGAUUCAGAGGCCUUGAGAACAACACAGUUACCACAAGCGAUCGCGCCAAUGACAACAGGGAGGUUGAGCUGAAAAGGGAAGUUGAAGGAUCCAAUGUUAAGGACAACCCCGAGUGGUUCGAAGCGAGUGCGGUGCUUCAUGGCACGAAACUGCAAAGGAACAUUGGGGACAGGCUCAUCGCGUAGCCAUUUCUCCAUGUUAUUGACCAUGUCGAUACAUUCUUGCUUGCACCAAUCAAUCUCGGCCAGAACGGCCUCGUACUUGCACUUGCGAAGAUCUUUGAUAAGAGCAUCUUGCAUCAGUUCAGUGUUGUCGACGAUGGCCCAGUACAGCUUGCGAAUCUGAAUCAUGCGAAACUCUAUGUCUUUGGUGCGGCCUGAUCUGAAGGUCUUCCUCAUGAGAUCGACCUUGGCGGGGAUCUCAUCGAGGGGCGUGUGCUCUAAAGGAGCAAUGGUAUAGGAUGAAUUGUUGUCAGCCAUGUUGAUGAGUGAUGUUGAAAUGUGGUUGGCUGGCAGGAUAGAUUAAGUGCUGACGCCACUGCCUGUGCUUUGGUGGGUGUCGCGGGUUGGGGACGAUGUAUGAUGCGUAAAAGACAACUCGUUGUCUAAGAAAAGGAUGGUGACGAUUUCAGUUGAAGAAGAGUUGAGAAUUUUGGUGUUGGAUUGAAGUGAUGAGUUUGAGAAUGCGUUGAUCUCUCAGAGGCCUUCUCCUAAUUAAUCAGGCUACCUUGCCCAGAAGUCGAGAUUGGGUGGAUUCGUCAGUUCUGGGAGGAAUAUUUAACCAAUAUUUCUGCGCAGCCUCACAAUAUAACAGUCAUAGACCUUAAGCAAGACCGAACCAGUUGCUGAAGCGUCAAAGACUAGGUAGAUACGACCUCGAGAUGUAAUCAAGAAAAUAAAGGAGCCAGGACAAUCAAUUUCAAGGGAUGCAAAUGAGGGGCUCGUUGUAUC